AUGACCGGGCUGUGCCUCUUCUGCCUGCUCUGGCCUCAGGACCUGGAGACCCCCGCGACGCACACCUUCAAGAUGACGAGCUUCAAGAAGGUGAAGGCGUGUGGGAUCUGCCGGCAGGCCAUCACGCGCCAGGGCAGCACCUGCCGAGGCUGCAAGCUUUCCUGCCACACCAAGUGUCAAGCCAAGGCUGUGACCCCCUGCUCCCCCACUGUCAACUAUGAGCUGCCAUCCCCAGGGGAGAGCAUCAUGAAGCAGGCAGACACCCUGGACGCCACAAAAUCCCCUAGGAGUGGGCAGUCACGUCACAAAACAUCCAGGAGCAUGAGCCUGACUGCAGCCAUGGAGAGCAGUUGUGAGCUGGACCUGGUGUACAUCACGGAGCGGAUUAUUGCUGUCUCCUACCCCAGUGCAGCUGAAGAGCAAAGCUUCUGCAGCAACCUCCGCGAGGUGGCCCACAUGCUGAAGUCCAAGCACGGGGACAACUAUGUGCUUUUCAACCUCUCUGAGCGGAGAAAUGACAUCAGCAAGCUUCAUUCCAAGGUGCUGGAUUUUGGGUGGCCUGACCUGCACACCCCAGCGCUGGAGAAGAUCUGCAGCAUUUGCAAAGCCAUGGACACGUGGCUCAACGCGGCCACGCACAACGUGGUGGUGCUGCACAACAAGGGAAACCGUGGCCGGCUGGGGGUGGUAGUGGCUGCCUACAUGCACUACAGCAACAUCUCGGCCAGCGCCAGCCAGGCUCUGGACAGGUUUGCCAUGAAGCGAUUCUAUGAGGACAAAGUGGUACCAGUGGGGCAGCCAUCCCAGAAGAGGUACAUCCAUUACUUCAGUGGGCUCCUCUCUGGCAGCAUCAAGAUGAACAACAAGCCCCUCUUUCUCCAUCAUGUCAUCAUGCAUGGUAUCCCCAACUUUGAGUCAAAAGGCGGUUGUCGGCCCUUCCUGAAAAUAUACCAGGCCAUGCAGCCCGUCUACACCUCGGGGAUCUACAAUGUGCAAGGAGACAGCCAGACAGGCAUCUGCAUCACCAUUGAGCCUGGCUUACUACUGAAAGGUGAUAUCUUGCUGAAGUGUUACCACAAGAAGUUUCGCAGCCCGACCCGUGAUGUGAUUUUCCGUGUGCAGUUCCACACGUGUGCUGUGCAUGACCUUGAUGUUGUCUUUGGCAAGGAGGACCUGGAUGAGGCCUUCAGAGAUGACCGUUUCCCUGAGUAUGGGAAGGUGGAGUUUGUGUUCUCCUAUGGCCCUGAGAAGAUCCAAGGCAUGGAGCACCUGGAGAACGGGCCCAGCGUCUCUGUGGACUACAACACAUCUGACCCACUCAUCCGAUGGGACUCCUAUGAGAACUUCAACAUCCAGCGUGACAAUAGCACGGAGGGAGCCUGGGCUGAGCCACCCCUCCCUGACAAGCACCUGGAGAAAGAGGUUGGGCACACACAAGGGCCCCUGGACGGGAGCCUCUACGCUAAAGUGAAGAAGAAAGACUCCCUCCACGGCAGCACUGGUGCCAUCAAUGCUGCUCGCCUCCCGCUGCCAGCAGCGCCCAACCACGUUGAGCACACGCUCUCGGUGAGCAGUGACUCGGGCAACUCCACUGCCUCCACCAAGACUGACCGGACCGAUGAGCCGGCGGUGCCUGGGGCGCCUGGUGGCCAGGCGGUGCUGAGCCCUGAGGAGAAGCGGGAGCUGGAUCGUCUCCUUGUUGGCUUUGGCUUAGAGAGUGCCCCACCCAUGCACAACCACCUGCCCGGCCCCGUACCGGCACGCCUGACCGCCAUGCCAGGCCGCCAUGUGGUGCCAGCUCAGGUGCAUGUUAAUGGGAAUGCUGCGACACUGGUGGCUGAGCGGGAGACGGAUAUAUUGGAUGAUGAUCUGCCCAACCAGGAUGGGCACAGUGUGGGCAGCCUGGGCACGCUCUCUUCCUUGGAUGGCACCACCACUGCAAGCGAGGCUGGCUACCAGGAAGCUCCCCGGGUGGGAAGCCUCUCCUCGCUGCCCAAUGGGCCUUCGAGCUGCAACGGGACCGAGAAGUUGCUGAAGGAGGGGCUGUAUGAUGGUGAGCUGCUCUCCAAUGGUGGCUACCCCUACAACAACCAGAACACCCUCACAGGCCACCACCUCCGUGACACGCUGCCUUCCCUGCGGCCCUCAGCGUCUGCUCAGGACCACCUGGCUGGCUAUCCACAGCGUCCGCCUGGCUCCCACACCCCAGGCUGGCUCCAGCCUCAGCCACUGCCCAGUUCCCAGUCCUACCUGUAUGGCUAUGACCCCUCUGGCACCUAUCAUUCCCGGUCCUUCCCAGCGAUGGACACAGCCAAGUACGAUGUGAACCCAGUACUGCCCCAGGCUCCAGCUCGCAGCACCAGCAGCCGGGAGGCCGUGCAGAGGGGCUUGAAUUCCUGGCAGCAGCAAGGAGGGAGUCGGCCACCUUCUCGGCUACAGGAAAGUGGUGUGGAGAGCCACAGCCCCAGUGUCUCCAGCUGCAGCCCCCAGCCCAGCCCACUACAGCUGGUGCCUCCGCACAGCCACAGCAUGCCGGAGUUCCCCCGGACGCCUUCCCGACGGGAGAUUGAGCAGUCCAUUGAAGCCCUCGAUGUCCUCAUGCUGGACCUUGCACCCGCCAUCCACAAGUCACAGAGCGUGCCCACUGCCUCCCGACAGGAUAAGCCAGCAGGAUCCCUGCACUCCUCCCUCUCAGCCCAGCCCAUUGCUGGUCUCUACGCCCGGCCGACUCCGCAGGUGGUCCAACCGAGGUCCUUUGGCACUUCUGUGAGCCCUGUGGUCUCCGAGCCUGAGGGCAAAGCCUGUUCUCCCAGGGAGCCGGACUAUGGGGUGCAUGAGUACCGGGAAACUUAUUUGCCCUACAACUACCAGUCGGCCCCAGUGCCAGAGCCAAGGAGCUACAGCCAUUCCCCAGCCGGAGCGCCAAUGGGAAUCCCCCUGCACAGCACCUCCUACAGCCCUGCAGGGUCUCAGCAGCUCCUUGUCUCUUCUCCGCCUUCCCCCACCAUCCCAGCACAAACUCAGAUGCCCCCCAAGGGACCAGAGAGCUAUGAAGACCUGUCGAGGUCGGCAGAAGAGCCCUUGAAUCUGGAGGGCCUGGUGGCCCACAGAGUGGCAGAGUACAACGCCAGGCUCAGGGAACUCAACAAGAGCACCAAAGUCCCCCGUCCUCUGAACCAGCAACGGUCCUUCUCCUCUGGGGUUCAGUCCAGGGAGAAGGCCCCGGAGGAGAGUGCUGUCCCUGCCCGUAAACGGACUCCCAGUGAUAGCCACUAUGAGAAGAGCUCGCCGGAGCCCAGCUCGCCCCGCAGCCCCACUGUCCUCUCGCCUGAGGUGGUCAGCACCAUCGCAGCCAACCCUGGAGGGAGGCCCAAAGAGCCUCACCUCCACAGCUACAAGGAAGCCUUUGAAGAGAUUGAGGGUGCUUCCCCCACCAGCCCACCCUCCAGCGGCGGUGAGAUUUCUCCCCCCAUCCCGGCCUUCCCCGUCUCACCACAAACCCCUUACUCCAACCCCAUGCGUUCUCCUCCUGGCCUGGCCAAGACUCCACUUUCAGCACUGGGACUGAAACCCCACAACCCAGCUGAGAUCCUUCUGCAUCCUGUAGGAGAGCUAGAAGGGGAGGCAGGUGGUGAUUCUGAAGAAGAGCCCAGGAGCUAUGUCGAGUCUGUGGCCCGCACAGCCACAAUAAGCAGAGGAGGAACUCUGCCGACUACCCAGCACGGAGGCCCAGAGGUGCCCACCAGGAAUGGCACCUUCACCAACUCCUUCACCACCCCCAGCCCCAUCUCCACCAGCAGUCCCAUUCACAGCGUGGAUGGGGCCUCCCUCCGCAGCUACCCAUCUGAGGGCAGCCCUCAUGGCACUGUUACGCCUCCCCAUGCCUCAUCUGAGCAUGUUUACCGGUCCCCUGUCAGCUCGCAGAUGCCUUCUGCUCACAGCAGCUAUCAAAACUCGUCUCCAUCCUCUUUUGCAAUGGUCCAAGGUGGGGUCCCGGGAUCAGCAUACACCAGCCCUGACUACCCUGAUGGCCGAGCUGCCCUCCAGCCAGACACCCAGGCUCGGCCUCAGCCUCAUGUCAAUGUGGGGGCACACGUUGUACCGGGCAGCCCCCGCACCCUGCAUCGGACAGUGGCUACCAACACACCGACACCACCCAGCCCUGGCUUUGGGCGAAGAGCUGUCAACCCCAGUAUGAGCAGUGCUCCUGGCAGCCCCGGGCUGGGCAGACAUGCAGUGGCAGUCCACAGCAACCUGGUGGCCCCACCGGGAAGCCCCAGCCUGGCCAGGCAUCAAGCUGCAGCGGCCCUCCCGCCUGGCAGCCCCCUGUAUGGCUACUCCAGCCCAGAGGAGAGGCGCCCAACGGUGUCUCGGCAGAGCAGCUCCUCCGGCUACCAGCCUCCCUCCACGCCGUCCUUCCCAGUCUCGCCGGCUUACUACCCUGGCACAAGCACGCCGCACUCCUCCUCCCCGGACUCGGCUGCCUACCAUCAGGGUAGCCCCACACCUCAGCCCACGCUGCCCGAGAAGCGGCGGAUGUCGGCUGGGGAACGCUCCAACAGUCUGCCCAACUAUGCCACUGUCAAUGGUAAGGUGUCCUCGCCCCUCUCCAGCCCCAGCAGCGGGGGUGCCGUCACCUUCUCCCACACCCUGCCAGACUUCUCCAAGUUCUCCAUGCCAGACAUCAGCCCUGAGACUCGUGCCAAUGUCAAGUUUGUCCAGGACACUUCCAAGUACUGGUAUAAACCGGAGAUCUCCAGGGAGCAGGCCAUCGCACUGCUGAAGGACAGGGAGCCAGGAGCUUUCAUCAUUCGAGACAGCCACUCCUUCCGGGGAGCCUAUGGCCUUGCCAUGAAAGUAGCUUCUCCACCUCCCACGGUUAUGCAGCAGAACAAGAAAGGAGACAUCACCAACGAGCUGGUGAGGCACUUCCUCAUCGAGACCAGCCCACGGGGUGUGAAACUAAAAGGAUGCCCCAACGAGCCCCAUUUUGGAUGUCUCUCAGCCCUGGUGUACCAGCACUCCAUCAUGCCCUUGGCCCUGCCCUGCAAGCUGGUCAUUCCUGACCGAGAUCCUAUGGAGGAAAAGAAGGACACUGCAUCUGCCACCAACUCAGCCACAGACCUCCUCAAACAGGGUGCAGCCUGCAAUGUUCUCUUCAUCAAUUCAGUGGAGAUGGAGUCACUAACAGGCCCACAAGCCAUUGCAAAGGCUGUCACCGAGACACUGGUGGCUGACCCUACGCCCACUGCCACCAUUGUCCACUUCAAAGUCUCUGCACAAGGCAUCACCUUAACCGACAACCAGAGGAAAUUGUUCUUCCGACGUCACUACCCCCUCAACACUGUCACCUUCUGUGACCUGGACCCCCAGGAACGAAAGUGGACUAAAACUGAUGGAAAUGGCCCAGCCAAGCUCUUUGGCUUUGUGGCCAGGAAGCAAGGGAGUACCACAGACAACAUCUGCCACCUCUUUGCGGAGCUGGACCCAGACCAGCCAGCUGCAGCCAUUGUCAACUUUGUCUCCAGGGUCAUGCUUGGAUCUGGCCAGAAAAGAUGAGCUGGCACUUGUGGGUGAUUCUUGAAUUUUGGAGAAGGACUUGGAGCAGAUCCGAGAAAGAGUGUGAGGAAGUGCAUUGUGGGAGAGGGAAGUGAAUCUGGGGGGGCGGUGGGGGGGAAGGAUUGGAAUUUUGGAGGAAAACAGCAAACAACAAGGAAGCCCCAAUGAAACCCCUAAAAACUCAACACAAGCCAAGGAACCAAAUCCAUGCACCUACAUAAGAGAACCACAAAGUCACGCCGGACAGGAUGCAUGUUCCAUCGCAGAGAAGGUGACCAAAUGAAGGUGGCAGUGAGAGGUGUGUUCCCAGCUUCCAGCAUCAUGGUCCCAAGAGAUGACAGCCACUUGGGACUGACUGCAGGACCAUGACUGGUGUUUUUCAUCUGCAAGAAGAUGACACAACUGGCAAAACCCAUGGAAGAAGCUCUGUCCCAGCAGCUCCAUCAGUGAGAAUCAUCUGUGUGUUUGAAACGACUGUAGGAGAUCAUGAUGUGGGCUGGGUCUCUGUGGGACAAUGUAGUAGAUGCUCUCAGAAAUCUUCCCUUGUCUGGCUGCAGAAUAGGGUUCUCACCAGCCCUUGCACUUCUCCUGAAACUGGCUGGUCUCCUGGCAACUUACUGGGGAUGUGGAGGGACUUGGUUCUGAACCCUCCCAUCCCUGCAGAGCUCAGCUAUGGGCAGACCUGCAUUGCUGACCCAGAGCCCAGCACCAGUCACAGGUAAGCAGCUGUGAGUCCACCUGGAGAAGCGAAGCGGGGGGUGAUGACAUUUCUCCAUCUCCCCUAGGGGUGCUUCUGCCUCCAAGCCAGCAAGGGAAUGUGUGGGGAAAGCAGAUGCUCCCUGGCAGCCUCCUUGGAGGAUGCAGAAAGUUGUCUCCUCUCCAUGUUCCCCUUUUCUCUCCCAUCACUAGUCCUCUUUGGUAGUUUUCUCCUGCGGCCUGUCACACGUUCUCUUAUACACACACAGAAAAAAAAAAAACAAAAAAAAAACCAAACUAGAAAGGCAAGAAAACCAUUGCAUUAAUAAUAAUAAUAAUAAUAAUAAUAAUAAUAGCAGAUGCUGGCACAGGUGGGUUCUCUGUGCAAAGCAGCAGCCCCGUGGCUAUCCCUGUCUCACUCUUCGGAGACGCUCAAGCGGUUUUUAAAUUGCAUGGACGUUCCAGUUGCACGAAAGGUGAAUGACUACAAGUAACUCAGGCGCUUUCUCUUCCUUUUGUUUUGGAGGCCACGUUAAAAAAAAAAAAAAGGCAAAUUUUAAAUAGAAAGUAGAAAAGGAAAGGACCUGCCAUCACUGGGCAACUUUGGCUCGGUGGGGAGGUAACAAGUCCUCUGAGAGCCACCCCUGCUAGGCACAUGGGUGCCCUCCAAACCGACUGGCUGGAGGCUUGUGCCUUCCAAAUGCACUGCAGAGUUGCAGUGGCUUUGGUGCUGACAGCUUUUCCCUUUGGGAGGUGAGGAGGGCCAGCUGGGGGGCGAGAGGGACAAAGGGCUGCUGUAGGGACAGAUCAUGGUUGGAGAGGCAGCAGGCAGAGGUACCAGCCCCUCAGUGUCAGGGAGGGGGCAGAGAAUGCUUUGGUCAGACAUGAAGGUUUGGGACAGGGGGAGCUAUCUGGCUGGAGUGAUGACUGAUCAUUGCUGAGCUCUCUGCUGCAAAUAUUCCCCCUGCCUUGAGCUCGGGAGAAGUUUUCAGUGCAAAGUGGCCCAGACAAUAUAUUUGGGGCAAGAAUUAGAAACAUAGCGCUGCAGCCCCCAAUCCCAGAGAGCUUGUUGUCCUUGGGCCGCCCUUGCCUCGAUAGCUACACUAUAUAUGCAAACUAUGCUGAUGAAAUACUGUAAGCUAACAAAGUUUUAAGGAGGAAGAAACAGUUAAAUUUACACUCUGAAAAUAUUUAUUUUUUUGCCAUAUUGCUUUGUGUGCAUCAUAACUCCCCCAUUAUAUCUGCCCCCCUUCCUCUGCCCCGGGGAUAUACCUGCACGUUAAAAGAAGAUCCAGAACAAGGAGAAAUGCUGAUGGGGGUAGAGGUGCGGGGACCCCCCCCAUGCCCGGGCAGCGUGCAUGUGGCUGGUGUGCAUGUGUGUGUGCGUGUGUGUGAGCCUGGGGGAGCGAGCGGCAUGGGCGCCCGGAGCGGGAUGGCACAGCUGGAUGUACUGGAGUGAGUAAGGAUGCCAAGUGAGGAGUUGAUUGAGAGAUGGAGGCAGCAUGGGGUGCUCUGGGGGGAGGAGGAUUUCCCACCUCCUUGGUCCCCCAGCUGCAUGGAUGUGGAGACCUUUUUGUUUUCGAUGUGUUCAAGAAGUGAUUCCCUCCUUCUGCGAAAUUCAAGCAAGAUGAGAGAUAAUCUCACCUGAAAUCUCCUCACCUUGCCGUUCACCGGUCAGAGAAAACACUGUGUUUAUAGAUAUAUAAAGAUAUAUUUUUGAAAGCCUCUAUUUUUCAAACUUGGUUUUCUCACUGCUAGGAAAAGAGAUGAUAAUAAUGUAAUUUUAUUUUAAUCCGCUGCCUCGGAAACUGGUGCUUGAAAGUCCCUAUCCUCUUUUUCUCUCCAUACAAACAAAGCAGAUGUAAGCACCCCAGAGAUGUUGUGUAGAAGCUGACCCCAGCAGAUAACUUGCCGAAAGCAUCACGCCUGCUUCGGGCCCUGAGCCGCUCACGGCUUCCCCACUAACCCACGAGCUGAAGAUUUAGACUGUAUCAAAAUCUCAACACUAAUCUGAUGAUUAUAUCAUUUUUUUUUAACACACAUCUAAUCACUUUCCAAUGAUGUAGCCAGGUGUUUGUCAACUCCCUUUAAAGGCACUUUCCCCCUCCCCUUUUAUCUCCUUUUAAAAGCUACAUUUUUAGGUGUAACUACCCUUUUGGUCCCCAGGAGAGACGGGAGGCUGGCAUUCAGAGUCGCCCAGGUCUUGGGGCUGGUGGGGACCUAGUGUUGAUAUUUUUUCCUUAUGAAAGGGACAGAAAAGACACUUGCGUUUUUUUUUUUUUCUUUUUUUUCCCCCUUUGGGUUUUAAAUGCAGUCAUGGUAUUUGAGAUUUGAGCUUGCAUGAGUUAAGCCCAGCAUAUGUUUUUUUGUAAUCACACUGCCGUUGUCAGCAGCUGGAUGGUAUCUCUCGCUCUCUCUCUCACACACACACAAACACAUCCCUCCUUCCUGCACAAAGAACUGCAUAUAUUCUUGCCAAAGAUAUCCUUUAAAACGCACUUUCCCCCCACAUAUAUAUAUAUAAAUAUAUAUAUAAUUUUUUUUCAUGUGUGUGUGUGUGUGUAAAUUUAUUGUUCGUGCCCUUUUUGUGUUGGUUUGUUUUUCAGAGAAUCCCCUUCCCGCCUGUCCUCCCUUUGCUCUCGAUGUUGCUGUCUGUUGGGGAAACGCUUCCCAAGGGGUUGUUCGCUCUCUAGCCAAAAUGGUAGCUCCUGCAGUGCACAUCAGUGGAGAUGGGGCGGCUCAUGGGUUUAAGCAGGUAAAUUGAGAAUAGUUUGGGAUUGCUCUGGACGCAACAUUUGCUGGCUGCCCCUGGUCAAACCACACAUGGAAAACAAACCAGGUAGGGAGGAAAACCCAACUUAGCCUCCAGGCAUUGAUUUUUCCAGUGUGUUCAACCGCCUGCACUGAAGAGCAAAGUAAAUCCCCACCCAGCAGGUUGGGCGGGUAAAGAAACCAGUUGCCCAAAAACCCCAGACAGCAGCAUCAACAAAAGGCAACCCUUCCCGUUGGAGCAGGCAGGAGGAUCAGACAGCAAAGGAGCCCGCAGGGGCUUGUUUCAUUUCGUUCGUUUGUUUUGCAAAUUGCGAGGUUGGU